AUGUCUGCGCAAGUGAAGCUUUUGGGACAAUGGGUAAGCACAUUCAGCCGUAGAGUCGAGCUCGCCUUGAGGUUGAAGGGAGUUCCUUAUGAUUAUAUUGAAGAGGAUCUUUCAAACAAAAGCAGUUUGCUUCUCGAGUCCAAUCCAGUGUACAAAAAGGUCCCUGUGCUGAUCCAUGGAGGAAAGACAAUUGUAGAGUCUCUUAUCAUAAUUGAAUAUAUUGAGGAUACUUGGAGUACUGGGUAUUCCCUGCUCCCCAAGGAUCCAUUUGAGAGAGCCAAAGCAAGAUUCAUCACAAGGUUCAUAGAUGACAAGCGCUUCAACGGAGGAAAGGAUCCGUUCCUAAAUACCUCGCCCAUCUUCGUCUUCAUCGCCACGGUUGCCAUGGGACUCAAGAAGAAAAUGGCUUCUAAGUCGAAGACCGCCCAAGCUCAGGAUGUUCCUUCGACUAGAGCCUCCGGGGAUGAUCGGAUCCCCACGCUUUCGUCGCUGGUUUCUUCAACUAAUGGUAAGGUUGAACCAUUGGAAGUUGGUUUGAUAGAUCUCACAUCUUUCGUCGCUGGUUUCUUCAACUAA